AUGUCUUCCUCAUCAUCGUUUACUAGGAUCAACUAUGACCCCCAAUUCAAACCAGUGAAAAGUAUCUAUGAAAACAGAUUACGUCAAUUCAUAAGCAGUGGAGGAGAAUAUAAAGAUUUAAACCUUCCAAAAUUCUACGAUAAAGCUCGUAUCAGUUUAGACCAAUCACACGUGAAAUUAAGAUGGUACCAAGUCCCCUUUGAAAAGGGAUCAUCUCCAGUGUCUCCUGAUAAGAGACCACCUUGGAAAUCAAUCAUUGAAGCUGCCAAGAAGGGUGAAUUGGAAUUUCAAGACGCUCAUAUGGGUCAAGCAUUUGGUCCAUCCUGGUCUACUACUUGGUUUAAAGUGGAACUGUCAAUUCCAAAUGAAUGGGUUCAAUCUAAAGAUCAAUUGAUUUUCCAAUUCGAUUGUUGCAAUGAAGGUGUAGUUAUUGACCCUGAAACUUUGGUCCCAGCUACUGCAUUCUCCGGGAAUGGUGAAAGAACAGAAUAUCUUUUGCCAAAAAAUGAAGAUGGUGAAUAUUUCUUUUAUAUUGAAACAGGGAAUAAUGGUAUGUUUGGUUGUGGAGAAGGUUCUACAAUUAACCCUCCUGAUAAUAAUAGAACUUUCCAAUUGAAAAAUGCUGAUAUCGUCUGGCCUGAUUGGGAAGCUCGUGCGUUAUAUAUUGAUUUUUGGAUGCUUGGAGAUGCUGCUAGAGAGCUACCUGAUGAUACAUUCCAAAAACAUCAAGCAAGACAAAUUGCCAAUAAAUGUAUGGAUUUAUUUGAUCCUCAAGAUAGAUCUAGUGUCAAGAAAUGUCGUGAAUUUUUGAAAAAGGAAUAUUUUGAUGAAUUCAAUGGUACUGAACGAGUUUAUUCUCAUGGUGAUCCGGAUGGAUUUACAAGCGUAUAUAGUAUCGGUAAUUGUCAUAUUGAUACCGCAUGGUUGUGGCCCUUUGCUGAAACUAAGAGGAAAAUUGUUAGAUCUUGGGCUUCUCAAUGUACUUUAAUGGAUGAGUAUCCAGAAUACCAAUUCGCUGCAUCACAAGCACAGCAAUUUAAAUGGUUAUUACAAGAACAUCCUGAAUUCUUCAAGAAUGUUUUAGUUCCAAAAGUUCAACAAUCUCAAUUUUUUCCAAUCGGUGGUUCAUGGGUUGAAAAUGAUACUAAUAUCCCAGGUGGUGAAUCAUUAGCAAGACAGUUUUUCUUUGGUCAAAGAUUCUUUUUGAAAUAUUUCGGUAUAAAAUCUGAUAUCUUUUGGUUACCAGAUACAUUUGGUUACUCUUCACAAGUGCCUCAAUUAUGUCAACUAUCAGGUAUCACAAAAUUUUUAACACAAAAAUUAUCUUGGAAUAAUAUUAAUAGUUUCCCUCAUUCCACUUUUAAUUGGGCUGGUAUUGAUGGUUCUCAAUUAUUGACUCAUAUGCCACCAGGUAAUACCUAUACUGCUGAUUCUCAUUUUGGGGAUGUCUUACGUACGGCAAAGCAAAAUAAAUCUGCUGAAUUUUAUGGUGCUGGUUUAAUGUUAUAUGGGAAAGGUGAUGGUGGUGGUGGUCCAACUCGUGAAAUGUUAGAAAAAAUGAGACGUAUUAGAUCAAUGAGUAAUAAGAAUGGUAAUGUCAUUCCCAAAUUAGAGGUUGGUACUGAUGUGGAUGAAUUCUACCAAGAUAUUUUAAAGAGAACUAAUCAAGGUAAUGACUUACCAACUUGGUCUGGUGAAUUAUAUUUCGAAUUCCAUAGAGGUACUUAUACAAGUCAAGCUCAGACGAAAAGAUUAAUGAGAUUAGCUGAAAUUAAGUUACACGAUGUAGAAUGGAUUGCAACAAAGGCGUCAAUUCUUUAUCCAGAUGAAUAUAAAUAUCCUAUUGCCAAAAUCAAUGAAUUAUGGGAAAAUGUCUUACUAUGUCAAUUCCAUGACGUCUUACCAGGUUCUUGUAUUGAAAUAGUUUAUAAAUAUGAAUCUACUCCACUAUUGGAAAAAGUUGUUAAAGAAUGUGAAGGUUUGUUAGAAGAAGUUAUGACGUUCUUACACGAAAAUGGAUCCGGGAAAGCUCAAACCUUAUCAACUUUAACUUGGUUAAACUCUUUACAUGAGACUGAAGAUGAUAAAGUUGUUGCUGAAGAAUUCCAUGCAAAGUUACAAGAAAGUAAGAAGUUAUUUAUUAUGUCUAAUGGGAAAUUAUCUGUUUCUGUUGACAGAGUUACAGGCGCCAUUGUAAGUAUUAUUGAUCUUUCAAGUGGUAAAGAAUUUAUUGAUUUGAAACAUGGAAGAAACAAGUUAGGUGCAAACCAAUUUGUUAUCUUUGAUGAUAAACCUUUAAGUUGGCAAGCUUGGGAUACUGAAUUAUACUCAGUCAACCAAUAUAAAUACUUAACUAAAAUUGAACAUGUCGAUGUCAUUUCUGCAUCGAAAAAAGGUGUCACUAUUGAAGUAGUUGUGAAAGUCUCCGAAGAUUGUAAAAUUAAUACCAAGAUUACAUUACCUGCUGCCAAUCCAUCCACUUUAGAGGGAUCUCAAAUUAACAUAUGCACUAUUGUGGAAAAUUGGCAAGCAAAGAAUAAAUUUUUGAAAGUUGAAUUUCCUGUCAACAUUCGUAAUGAAUUUGCAUCUUACGAAACUCAAUUCGGUGUUACUAAGAGACCAACACAUUACAAUACAUCUUGGGAUGUGGCUAAAUUUGAAGUUUGUCAACAUAAAUUUGCUGAUUAUUCUGAAUUUUCUAAGGGUGUUUCCAUUUUGAAUAAUUGUAAAUAUGGGUUUUCUACGCAUGGUAACUUAAUGAGAUUAUCAUUGCUUCGUUCACCAAAGGCACCGGAUGCUCAUUGUGAUAUGGGAUCUCAUGAGAUCAGUUAUGCAAUUUUCCCACAUAAGGGUAUGUUAUCAGCAGAUACAGUGAAGUUAGCACAUGAAUUUAAUUAUACCGACAAAUAUCAAUUAUCAGUGAAUCUUGCAAAAGCGUUCAACAAUAUUAUUAAUAUUAAGGGUGAUGAAAAUGUUAUUCUUUCCAAUAUUAAGAGGGGUGAAGAUGAUAAAGGUAUUAAAUCUGAGUACGCUUUGAAAACGAAUGAGAAUGAUACCAUGGUCGUGAGAGUUUAUGAAUCUCUAGGAGGAGAGGCCACUGCUACCUUAUUUUCUAGUUUACCUAUUAAGUCUGUGGAAAAGAUUGACAAUUUGGAAUUAGAAGUUGAGGAACUUGUUACGGUCAAGAAGAAUGAAAAGGAUAUAUUUGAAAUUCCAAUUACUUUAAGACCAUUUGAGAUUGCUUCCUACAGGAUUUCGUUUUAA